AUGAAAUUAUUAUGUAAUAUAUUUAACAACUCAAUAAAUAAAUUUUUAAGACCCAAUUCAUAUUUUUUUUAUAAAAACUUUUAUAAUCAUUUUUCAACCCAAAAUAUUAAAAUAACGUUUGUACAAUAUGAGGAUGAAAUAACAGUUGAUGUGCCGGUUGGUAUUUCCAUUCUCGAAGCUGCUCAUAAACACAAUAUUGAAAUUGAAGGUGCUUGUGAUGGAUGUAUGGCUUGUUCAACAUGUCAUGUAAUAUUAGAAGAAGAUGUUUAUGAUGCAUUACCUGAACCUUCAGAAUCUGAACUUGAUAUGCUUGAUUUAGCUCCAUGUCUUACUAAUACGAGUAGAUUGGGAUGUCAAGUAAUAUUAGGAAAAGAACAUGACAAUAUAAGAAUAACGUUGCCAAGAAUUACACGUAACUUUUAUGUCGAUGGCCACACUCCAACUCCUCAUUAA